GCCGACAACACACAAGUCGAACAUGAAGAUAUUCAUUUGUUUGCUACUGGCAGUUGCCACUUGCAAGGCUGGGUUCGAAGGUGGAUACUCCAACGAAGUUGCUGGAGAUGAGCAGGGCCAUAACGGGGGUCAAAAUUUCGCAUACGGCGGCCAAGACUUUUCAGGAGGCCAGGGACACACAAUAGCCUUAACACAGGAAGGAGGAGGUCAUGACUUUUCUGAAGCUCAAGCUUUGGGUGGUCAUAAUCUGGGACCUCAGAUCUUUGGACAUGGCGCACCCAGCGGUGGAGACUUUGGCGGUGACACGUACCUUCAAGCAGCACACGAUUCAGGACACCAAUUGGGUCAAGGCGAUUUCGGCGGUCACAAUUUUGGCGGUCAAGGGGGUUUCUCCCACGGUGGUGAUGCAAGCGCGUACGCUGGUGAUGCGGGCGGUCACGGUGAUUUCAGCAGCCAAGACGGGGACGGCGGUCACGGAUACGGCGGCCAAAUCCAGACGUUUACUCUUCAAGAUGGAGGGCAUGAUUACGGCCAUGGCGGCGAUUAUGGCGGUCACGUGGAAGCCAUUCCCGUGGGAGAGCAUACAGAUAUCCAAAGCCCGGUCCAAGUACCCCUUUACAAGCACGUCACUUUCCCAGUUCACAAGCCUAUCCACAUUAACGUGCCCAAACCAAUUUUAGUCGGAGUACCCCAACCUUAUCCAGUCAAAAUACCCGUGAACAAGCCCGUCGCUGUGCCAGUUGAGACCGAAAUCUCUAUUCCAAUAGAAAAGGUUGUACCCUACCCAGUCGUGAAGCAUAUACCGUAUCCUGUAGAGAAACACGUGCCCAUCAAAGUCGAAAAGACCGUAACGGUACACGUACCCCAGCCUUACCCAGUUAAGAUUCCUGUGUACAAAACCAUCCAUCACAAAGGCCACUAAGCCGUUGGAUGUUCCCUUAUGUGCCUUGUAAAUAUUUGUUGAUUAAUUUUAAGUCAUUUUCAACUGUCCGUCAUGUUGUAGUUGAUUUAUUUAUUGUAAAUAAUUUGUUGUUGUUGUUAUAUCUGUU